UUUUCUUAGCGGAAGUCGGUCCGCGGUAAAUACGUUCCCACUAAAACAAGGAAAUAGCAUCGACUUUUAACCAGCUGCUGCUCUUAUGAAACCUCGCCUCUGCAGGUGGAUGUGACCACUAUUCUGAGGACCCGGUGAAGGAAACGACAAGAUGGGACUGCUGUCUGAUCCCAACAGGAGACGGGCUUUGAUCAGUCUGUUGACCCGCCUCAAUGCUCCGAUCUGUGCACUUUGCUACUUUGCCGGUGUGUGCUGGUUUAUGGGGUUAGCGUUUGAGCCGUUCACGUUGCGGACAUAUAUGUCGGAGAAUGCCAUGGGAUCCACCAUGGUGGAGGAGCGCUUCCCUUCUGGAGAAAGAGCUCUGGCCACAGGCAAAGAGUUUGCUGCUCACAAGAAGAAAGUUGGUGGGAUGCCGGUGGAUUGGCUGGUGAAAACGAUGCAGGCUCGAGGGCUGGAGGUGUUCACCCAGAGCUUCUCUCGUACGCUGCCCUUUCCAGAUGAAAAUAAAGAGAGAUAUAUGGUGAAAGGUACAAACGUCUACGGGAUCCUUCGUGCCCCUCGAGCUCCACGAACUGAAGCUCUGGUGCUCAGUGCUCCUUGCAGCCCCGGCGACAACAACAACCAGGCUGUGGGCCUGCUGCUGGGCUUGGCUCACUACUUCCGCAGUCAGGUUUUUUGGGCCAAGGACAUUAUUUUCCUUGUGAACGAGCAUGACUUGAUUGGUAUGCAGGCCUGGUUGGAGAGCUACCACCACACCAACACUACAGGAAUGGACUGGUCUCCAUUACAAGGUCGCGGUGGUUCAAUCCAGGCUGCUCUGUCCUUGGAGCUCAGCAGUGACGUCAUCACCAGUUUGGACAUAAUACUGGAAGGCCUCAAUGGCCAGUUGCCAAACCUGGAUUUGGCAAACCUCUUCUAUGCUUUCUGCCAGAAGAUAGGAGUCCUCUGCACCAUCCAGGGCCGGCUGCAGAGGAACGACUGGGACAGCGUGUCAGGCUACAGCCAUGCCGUCCAGACCAUGAUGCUGAUGGUAAUGAAGCAGGCCAGCGGGCGGCCGUGGGGAGACCACGGUUUGUUCCUGCGCUACCACAUAGAGGCGGCCACCAUCAAGGGCAUCAACAGCUUCCGCCAGUACAAGACAGACGUCACCACCGUCGGCAGACUCCUGGAAGGAAUGUUUCGAAAACUGAAUAAUCUUCUGGAACGCCUUCACCAGUCCUACUUCUUCUACCUCAUGCCAUCACUUUCCCACUUUGUCUCCAUUGGAUACUAUAUGCCCGCCUUUGGCCUCCUUGCGAUCAUCCUGCUGCUCCGUGCCUUGGACCUUUGGGUGCAGCUUGUCAGUCCACCUGCCAUAGCAGCGGAUGGAGUUGGUGACAUCGCUCAGCAGUCCAGCCCUGGGGUUCUGUCAGUGUUGACUCCUCUGGUGAUCAGCCACCUGACCGGAGCGGCUCUGUACAUCCUCCCAACCCGUUUCCAGGAGAUCGCUGUCGAACACUUCCCGGUUUCUGAGACUGAAGCCGUCGUCCUCACAGUCAUUGCUGUUUACACAGCAGGCCUGGCUCUGCCUCAUAACACACACAGGUUGUUGUCGGGGGAGGGGACGGAGCAGGGCUGGAGGGUGCUGAAGCUAGUUGCUGUUCUUUACCUGGCUGUCCUACUGGGUUGCACUGCCCUCAUUAACUUCUCCCUGGGCUUCAUCCUGGCUCUCACCCUGGUGCCUGUGGCUGCUUUUGUUACACCCCACGUGCCAAAAACUUUGUCAGCUGUCGUCUUGGUGAUCCUCAGCCCAGCCUUCACGCUCCUCUUCUCUGUGUUUUUCUUCCAAGAGCUGGAGGAAAUGCCUGUUAGCUUCCAGGAUGGCUGGCUGUUGUACCUGUCGGUUAUUUCGCAGGGAAUCCUGGACCACUACUUGUACGGUUCUCUGGUAUACCCACUGAUCGCCUUGAUGGUUUAUCCGUGCUGGCUGCUUUUCUGGAACAUCCUUUUCUGGAAGUAGUCUGCAAGUCUGCUGCAGGCUUCAACACUUUGGGAUGAUCUCAGGUUUACUUGAUUUUGGGGAAAUGCAAAAAACAAAUGCUUAGAUCCACUGGAGAGUUAAACAAGGACAUUUACAUUGCGAGAAACAAAUGACUCUGUGUUUUUUGUUGGUUUGACAUUUUUACUCCAAGUUUGUAUUUCAUCUUCCAGAGACUGCAGCCAUUUUCUGGCCAUCUUGAACAUUUUAAGCGGUGCAUAAAGUGGUUUGUACUUCACAUAACUUUUAACAGUUGUCAGGGAGGGGGACAUGUAAUAGUGGACAUGAAUACAAUUUUUCUUUGGUAAGGAAAGUUGAUUUCUUUUUUAAUAGUUUGGUUUGUGCUACUUGAAGAAAAGACUGCACUGUUGUUUUUAAAAACUGCUUGAGGGACAGGAUGGUAAAGAUAUUAGCCUGAUCAUUAUUAUGACGCUAUUAGUGGAUAAGCUGUUAAGCGAGCUGCCACCAAUAUUUUUCUACUUGUUUUUGUCAUUUUUGCUUAGUGAGACGUGUUUGUUUCGUAUUUAUAACUCACAACGUUAAAUAUGUUUAAAACCGA